AUGCUGGGAGACUCCGGAACCAAUGCGUUUCUGAGUGAUGCGCUGAAGAAUCGUCUCGAAUAUGCGUUGCUGCCAAAUGGAAUCAAUCAACAGGAGCAGUUUCUUCCAAUCGGCUCCCUUCACUCCAUUUGCAACCAAACAGCUGUGUUCACUGAGCUUUCUAGGUACUUUGACAAGGAACAGGCUAAGCAAUACACAACAUAUGUCUGCAAUCGGAGAAAACCUGCCAAGAAGAUAUUUACUAUUUUGGCCCUAAUUAAUCGCAUUGAAUUGAUCCAGGUUUUCCAAGAUUCUGGGUUCUUUGACGAAGACUUGCCACUCACAAAGAAUAUUGAAGUGUCGGAGAUGCGGUCUUGCUGUCCAGACGAUCAACGGUCCAUCCCGCUUACAAGAAGCCCCCAGAACGUCAAGACGAUACGCGAGUUUAACCUCAAACAGUGGUGCGUACAUGUCCCAUCUUUUGAAAGGUGCUUCGAUAGAAGCUAUGAGGAUUUUGUGCUUGACUCAGAUGCCAUCAUGCCGUGGGAAUCUGCUGGACAAAGCAUCGUCACUGGAGGGUAUGGAUAUGUUCAAAAGGUCAAGAUUCACAAAGACCACCACUCUUUCUAUGUACGACAAGCUGACUUUGGCGAGGUGGAACACAAAGAGUUUGCACUAAAGACUAUGCUACCAGCAAAAGAAAUCACUCGCGAUGUUUUCAAGCAGGAGUUGAUCGCUUUUCGCAAGGUCCGUCCAGGGCCAAAUCUGGUUGAGCUCGUUUCUGCAUUCGACAUAUCAGGAAAGGAUAGUUGUCGCCAAAAGGACUUUGUUCAAUGGAUCACGGCCCAAUGCCGUGGCUUGGUCGAAGCUCUUGGGGCAAUUCAUCAAGUCAAUAUCGCUCCUAGGUCUGACGAGGGAGCCUCCAGUGGCCAAGCUAGGAACUUUGGGAUACACCUUGAUAUCAAACCAGCCAACAUUCUAUAUUUCUGCCAGGAAACAGCCAACCACCCACUUGGUGUUCUCAAAAUCGCAGAUUUUGGUCUCACUAAGUUUCACAGUACAUCAUAUCGGACGAGAAAGAGCCGCGGUACUGCAUACAGAUGCUCGCAACAAUACCGCUCCCCUGAACACGACAUCGGCUAUGUCAUAUCAAGGAAAGUGGAUAUCUGGGCACUUGGUUGUAUCUUCUCUGAAAUCUUCACCUGGAUGCUUCUCGAACCCGAAGCACGCGAGGAAUUUCGUCAGGCGAGAAAGAAAGAUGCCUUGUUCUCAGGAGACUGGGAUUAUAUCGAAAAUGGCUUUGAAAACCAUAUUGAGGACAACUUUUUCCAGAGGCAUAUCUGA